AUGUUUAAUCUCCGUGUUCUCUGUCGAGAUCAACCACGACGGACAAUUGCAUUACUUGCUUCCGACCAUGUCCUGAUCUUCCACUACAGUGAAGCCGAAGGUGGGCCUAAAGCCGCCGCCCCCCGCUGUCAGGUCGAAUUCUUGGAGGCUUCAUCCGUGGACCUCGCGGGAUACAGAUCUUUGGGUGCUGGACACGGUACUCUGGGUCUCGUUACACUAAACGAAGAUGUCUUCGUUUGCGUGGUUACCGGCUCCUCGCAAGCAGCUACCGUGCGUCCCGCAGAAGCUGUGUCCAGGAUUGACAAUGUAGAUUUUUAUUGUCUCAACCGAUCCGAAUAUGAGUAUGGCUUAGACUACGAAACUAGCUCCCAAUUCGCGGUCGAGGAACGGGCUGGUGCAGAAGGGGUCACCGAUCAUCCUUUCCUGGCCCUGAAGAAGCUUCUGGGAGAUGGGAGCUUCUACUACAGUCUCGAUUUUAAUUUGACAGAUCGCUUGCAGGAUCGGUCGGAGAAAUCGGCUGCUUUUGACAUUGAUUCAUUAGACGAGGACAUGUUGUGGAAUUCGUAUAUGAUUCACCCUCUCCUUCUGUUCCGGAGUCACCUGCCGCCUUCCGAUAAGGCAAAUCUCGAUGCAUCUCAAAUUCUGACGUGCGUUAUUCGAGGGUAUGCCGGUACGCUAAAGAUUCCUGCAACGGUUCCAAUCUUGCCACGAGUACGGACAAAUAUGCCGGCUCUAUUGACCAUCAUAUCGCGGCAAUCCUCUCGGCGUGCCGGCACUCGUUUCAACUCGCGAGGCAUUGAUGAUGACGGCAAUGUGGCCAACUUUGUAGAAACGGAAAUCGUUCUGUGGGUCUCUCCAGGGAUCUGUUUCUCAUAUGUGCAAAUUCGUGGCUCGGUGCCCAUUUUCUGGGAACAAACACCCGGCCUGAUUCCUGGUCAGCAGAAGAUUGAGAUCACACGCUCUCCCGAAGCAACGCAGCAUGCAUUCGACCAACAUUUUGAGACCCUGGAAUUGGAGUACGGAGCUGUUCAUGUGGUCAAUCUACUCAGUGAACUCAAAUCUGGAGAGGCGGAGUUAUCGGCCAAAUAUCGAAACCACAUUGCCCGGAGCUCGGUCAGGCAGAAAGAGGGAUUCCCGAAAUCCUCCCACCAAACUCUCUUGCGAAUGACAGAUUAUGACUUCCAUGCUGAAACUCGAGGCCCGGCUGGGUAUGAAGCAAGCCAUCAAAUAAAGUAUGAAUUGGCCGAUUCUCUGGACGGCUUUGCCUACUUCUUAUCCGAGGACAGUAACCGCGCAUCCUCUAUCGUGGACAGAGAAGAUGCGGCCAGCACUUCGUCCAUCCUUCUUCAGCAAGAAGGUGUCUUUCGAACUAACUGUCUUGAUUGUCUUGAUCGGACAAACCUCGUUCAAACAAUCAUCAGCUCGAUGGCUAUGGGAACCUUUUUGUCUCAGCAAGGUGCAAGACUUACUUCAGAUCUACAGAUGCGACACUCCACCCUCUGGGCCGAUAAUGGAGAUGCACUCUCGAAGAUCUAUGCAGGAACCGGUGCUCUCAAGUCAUCCUUCACCCGCCACGGAAAAAUGUCUCUUGCAGGAGCGCUGGCGGAUGCCCGCAAAAGCGCAACGAGGCUCUACGUGAACAACUUUACGGAUAAAGCGCGACAAAAGACGAUUGAUCUUCUGUUAGGUCGACUGGCAAAUCAGAUCCCGGUUCACCUCUAUGACCCAAUGAACGAUUUGGUCACCGAAGAUCUUGGUCGACGCGCAGCUGAGUACUCCUCUAGCAAGAAUAUUCGGAUGUGGGUCGGUACAUUCAAUGUGAACGGCCGUGAUGAAGGGCCAGGCGCAGAUCUCUCAUCAUGGCUUUUCCCUGACGAGGAUCAAUCCAAGGAAGAUCCCACAAUCUUCGCGGUUGGGUUCCAGGAAAUCGUUGAUCUUAGUCCUCAGCAGAUCAUGUCAACUGAUCCAAGUAACCGCAAAGGCUGGGAAAGGGCCGUCCAAAGCUGUUUGAAUCAACACACCAGCGCAAAAGGAACCGGAAAGUAUGUGUUGCUGCGGAGCGGGCAGCUUGUAGGCGCUGCCUUGAUGAUCUACGUGAAAGCAGAUGCGCUAAAGGAGAUCAAGAAUGUUGAAGGAGCUGUCAAAAAGACUGGUCUUUCGGGAAUCGCUGGCAACAAGGGAGGCUGCGCGAUCCGUUUCGAUUUCUCGAACACGAGUAUCUGCUUCGUUACUGCCCACUUGGCUGCUGGAUUCGGGAAUGACGAUGAGCGAGACCGAGACUACGAGACUAUUGACAGUGGUCUGCGGUUCCAAAAGAAUCGGACUAUCGCCGACCAUGACUCUACCAUCUGGCUUGGUGACUUCAAUUACCGAAUUGGGCUAGGGAACCACAUCGUACGCGAUCUCAUCUCCCAGGGCGAUCUCCACAAGCUCUAUGACAAUGACCAGUUGAAUCUACACAUGGUUGCAGGAAGAGUUUUCCAAUUCUACUCUGAAGGUCUCAUCACGUUCCCUCCGACUUAUAAGUACGACGUUGGAACGGAUAUUUAUGAUACCUCUGAUAAAUCCCGGAUUCCUGCCUGGUGUGACCGCAUUUUAUGGCGAGGAGCCAACUUGCGACAGACGCAGUACCAUACCGCCGAUCUAAGAUGUUCAGAUCAUCGCCCAGUCUAUGCCAAGUUUGAUUGCAUGAUUGACGUCAUCGACCUUGGACUCAAAGAGAACCUCAGGCGCUUGCUAUAUGAAGAGAAACAGCGCGAUGCUCUUUCCGACUCUAUCAAUUUGUUGGACUUGGACGACGAGGAUAUCCUGCCCCCCGGUCCCAUUGCCCCUGGCUUACCACCUGCGAGCUCUGAUCGAAGCAAAUGGUGGCUUGAUAACGGCGUGCCCGCGAAAGCAGCGGUGCAACCACCCAAAGAGGGACUUGUCCCUAACCCUCAACGCAAAUCCAAUCCCUUUUCCAUGGAUCAUGAGCCUGACUGGAUACCAAGCUCGAGAUUCACGGAGAAGCGUCCCGAGACUCGUGCUGAUAGAAAGCCGCUACCACCUCCACGACGGGGAACUUCGGGUUCAAUCAAAAGUAACAUGCAGUCUCCAGUGGCAGACAAAUCUGCCGCUGAAAAGUCCCCGCCUGCUGUCCCCAGGAAACCGAUCUCCUUGAGCUCUCAGGCGACAGGCGGUCGGAUUCCCUCUGCAAGUUCUGGCCCGGUCCGAAGCGCCACUUGGCAGAAUAGUUCGAGUUUCCGCCAGAGCCCAGAUGGGGUAAGGGGAGUAUCCGGAGUAUCUAGUGCCGAAACGGGCGAUCUCCUUGGGGACGCUCCAGGAGAGAAUAUUGGGUGGAAGCCUCUACUUCCUCAACGAUGA